AAUCGAAUCGACACUAUGUCGUUGCUAUGUCGUGUCGUUUAACCGUUUAAGCGGGAAGUGCGAUUGUUGAAACCUAUGUCUUGUCGGUUCUCACGACAUAGGGCGGUUAAGCGCCGACAAACUAACGGCACCUCCGGAGGACCCGAUAAAGGCUUUGUCGAUGAAUAACCUUAAAUUUGUUUCGUGUGCUUUAUGAAAAAGUGUAAAUCCUUCAAAGUGAAGUGGAAAAGUUCUGUGAUUGAAGUUUUUUUGCAGUGUUUUUUUGUUGUUUGAAAUCUGGUUCAAAAUUUGAAUAUCCCGCCGAAUCGAAAGACGUAAGUUGCAAUUAUAUACUUCUAGGUGGCGCUACGGCGCUACUCCCUCCAUUUCUUAUUUAUUAUUGUUUAUUGUUUACAUCUCUUAUCAAUGCAAAUGUGCAUUCAUAUCGAAUUCACAGUUUACUUCACACAAUGAAAAAUCGUUGAAUUUUCACUUUGUUACUUUUCAUUUUCUUAGUGGAAACGACAUGGAUUCAAAAUGUAAUCUACUCAACUUCUCAAGUGUAUUGUUGCUUAUUAUUGUAACAAUAAGAAAAGUGCUUACCUCACAGUUUUGGUCCUCUUGUCAGUCUCUCAGUCAGUGAUCUUUCUCUGCUGAAUGUGCAAGUGAUGAGUAACUCUUAAUUCCAAGGAAAAAGUAUAUUCUCUUUUAAAUUAUCAUCUAAAGUUCUCACUAGUGUUGUGUCAAAUAAUGCUUCGCUCCAUUAAGGGGCAAAUUAUGAAGUUCAUUUCAUCGUAAGCUACCAAGCGUCAGAGUAUUCUCCUUUUGCUGCUGGUAUGAAGCUGAUGGUAGAGCUUCCCAAGAGUGAAAGAGAGUGCUCUCUCGCAGUUUUUUUGCAUCAUGAUAGUAUUUCAUAACUGUUACUUGUCGCAGAUGGCUUGGGCAUUGGAGAUGCUGCCGGUCCUUGCCCACCUCCAAAAUCUCCAUGAUUUGAUGGAGGAAGAGGAUGCCGUGCAGAACUGGCGGGUGGAGAGGAAGCGGUUAAGGGAUUCCUGCGACCCAUUCAUGGCCCCGAAGCGGCAGUUCCAGCAAAACUUCCGCAUCUCGAAGAAUGUGGCACGAGCCCUGAUCCAGAGGCUCGCGCCUCACUUCCCGCCGACACGGAGGUCGUCGCUGACUCCAACCCACAGGGUCCUCGCCGCGCUGAAAUUUUUUGCGAGUGGCAGCUACCAGCGAGGCUGCGUGGCGGAGCACAAUGCCAUCAAUAUGUGCCAGACUUCUGUCAGUGACAGCCUGGCAAAGGUGAUGGAAGCAAUGAUCGUAGAAUUGGGGGCAGAGGUGAUCAGAUUCCCUCAAACAGCAGAGGAGAGAGCUGCUGUGCAAUUAGGAUUCUACGAGAAGUUUGGUAUGCCAGGUGUAAUUGGUGCUAUUGAUGGCACUCUCAUAUGCAUUAAACCUCCAAUAUUGAAUGAAGAGCAAUUUUUUAGCCGGAAACAAAGCCAUUCAAUAAACACCCAAAUAAUUUGUGAUAGCAACCUGAAAAUUUUAAAUGUUAAUCCAAGGCACGGAGGAGCGACCAACGACGCUUUUAUCUGGUCACAUUCUACAGUAUUCCAAUACCUCAGGGAUCUUGUAAUCAACCAAGGAGUACCCUAUGUUUGGCUAUUGGGAGACAGCGGGUAUCCACUUCAGCCAUGGCUCCUGACACCCAUUGUUGGUGCAGACCCUGAUUCUCCUCAAGGGCGGUACACAAAGGCACAUAUCCUCGCCAGAAAUACCGUUGAAAGAGUUAAUGGCGUUUUGAAACAAAAAUGGAGAUGUGUCAAGAAGGAUCGUGUUCUCCAUUAUGACCCUGCAGCUGCGAGAAAAAUCAUCAAUUGUUGCGCCAUCCUCCACAAUAUCGCACUGCAAGCUAUGCCAGACUGGCUGGACGAUGAGGAGCUACCUGCACCUCCUGUGAUAGAACCAGUGGAACCAGUGGUGGGAAAUCACUACCUCGAGAGAGGUAGACAGGUCCGCGCCAAUCUUAUCACUGCUCGCUACACGUAGUCUGCAGCAGGUCAACCUUUCGCUUGCACAUGACC